AAAAUUAUUUGGAGCGAGUUUUUUUUGCGAGGGCAAAAACGGUUUGGCAAGUCGGUCCAGGUGACACAAAGACAAAACAAGAAGUCAAUGAGCUUGCUGUUGCAAUUCUUGGCCAGCUUGUUCCUCCCAUCAUGACCUAUACCCAUUCCUCUUUACCCUCACUAGAUCCUUCCGUUGCCAUUCACCACGUUCCCGAACACAUGGACACUACACAUACACAUCACCGUCUCAUCGACCAUGUCCCGUGUACAGACCAAGGAACAACAGCACUGCCCAACGACUUGCCAUCAUCAGAUCAACCGACCAUCCGUACCACCAGACCAUCGUCAGACAACCCCACCAUUCGACGUGAAGGAUCCAGAAAGUCGCGGGUCCAACGAAUACAUAACUAUAUAAUUCACCAAAAAACGCUGGGAGCAGGAAGCAUGGGUAAAGUCAAACUUGCAGAGUGUAUCACCGAUUCACAUCAUCAAAAGUAUGCGGUUAAAAUCAUGCCCAAAGUGGAUUUGGCCGUCCUUGGCGCAGGGGAGGAGGAAUCGGCAGGCAAGGAUCCGAAAGAUGCACCCAGAGAACGUGAACUGCGCACGAUACGAGAAAUGGCUAUUAUGCAUUUAUUGCGUCAUCCCAAUAUUUGCCAGUUGAAAGAGUGGAUUACGGAAGGCGAUCAGUAUUACAUGUUCCUGGAAUAUGUCGAUGGCGGUCAACUGCUCGAUUACAUUAUCAGUCACGGAAAACUACGAGAGAAGCAAGCAAGAAAAUUUGCCCGCCAGAUCGUGAGCGCAUUAGAUUAUUGCCACCGCAAUUCCAUUGUGCACCGAGAUCUAAAAAUUGAGAACAUCCUUAUCACGCAGGACGAGGAAAUUAAAAUUAUCGAUUUUGGGUUAUCCAACAUCUACUCGCCCAAUCGACUAUUAAACACUUUUUGCGGCUCGCUCUACUUUGCUGCACCGGAAUUACUGCAAGCCAAGCAUUACACGGGCCCGGAAGUCGAUGUGUGGAGUUUUGGUGUCGUUUUAUACGUCCUUGUCUGUGGACGCGUACCGUUUGAUGAUACCAGUCUGCCGGCGCUACAUAAAAAAAUCAAAGCAGGACAAGUCGAAUAUCCAGAGCAUCUCAGCAAAGAUUGCGUGGAUUUAUUGUCAAAAAUUCUUGUGGUGGAUCCUGCGCAACGUGAAUCGUUAUCGUUUGUACGUGAUCACCCGUGGAUGAACAAAGGGUACGAUGAACCGAUUUGCAACCAUUUACCUCAUCGGCAACCUAUCCAAUCGAUCGAUAUGGAAGUCGUGGAAGGUAUGCAUGGAUUUGGUUGGGGUUCGCCAGAGGAUAUUCGCCAUCGGCUGGAACAGAUCUUGUCGUCGACGGAAUAUCAAUCCGCGGCAGCCCAAGUGGAACGAAAUUAUCAUCUACAGCAUACCGUGCCUUCGUCUAGUCCUUCACGUUGGCGACGCACAGGGUCCAUUAAACGAUCACAACGACAACAGCAGAUAUCGGACGACCCGCAAUCAUUGCCAGCCAUGUAUGAUCCCCUGGUAUCCAUCUAUUAUCUCGUCAAGGAAAGAAAGGAGUAUGACGAAAGAGCACGACUCAUUCGCACCAUCAGUCCCGAUCUUGCAUCGCUCGAUUCAAUACCUGCUACCGCGCCUCGUCUGAGCCCGGAACUCAAAUAUGGCGGUUCGCUUUUGCGACGAAAGACGGAUCGUACCGUGAAAUCCGCUGAUCGAGAACCCGCCAUUUCCAGGCUGGCCACUCGGCCUCUCAGUCGUGCCAAAUCCGUUCAGAACCCAACCGAACGUCCAUCCAAACUGCUGGAACGAAGUAAAAGUGCCGCCAAACGAUUCGGAUCCAUCCUUGCAAGUCACUCUCCCUCCUCGGAUGACAAAGAUCGCUUGGAAGUACCCACACUUUCGCCCGCCUCCUCUCUGUCAGCUCCUCUGAAAAAGACGUUCAACUUGUUACGAUCUCAAUCACUCAGCGAUCGAAAACGCGACCGUUUCGCCAAAACGGAACCGUCUCCACUGAUAACUCGCGAAAAAACAGCGAUGGAUGGCCAUCGAUUCAAUGCUGCCAACCAUGCACCCACCACGCACCCCCGUUUCAUUGAAGAUGAUUUUGUGACGGCAAUGGUUACAUCGGUGACGACCGGUUCUGGCAGUUCAAAUGAAAAAAACGAACAGGCCCCGAAAGUGGGAGUUCAUCCAAAAAGUUUGUUUAACUUCAAUCGCAGACAUCUGUUCCGGGUACGAGCUUCCGAUAUGAUGGCAGAGCUGGCACGAUUGUUUCCUUCCCUAGAGAUUAUCGCGCACCAAGCUACCGAUGAACCUUUUACGUUUGAUUGCGUAUGCCCGUACCCCACGUGGCAAAAGUUUUUGAAAAUCCUGGCCGAAGUCGAUGUCCACACUCAGGAACCGGCAGGUCACGAAAAUGAAUCUCCUAACGCUCCGUCGGCAAUGACAGAAGACCGAGAACCACUCAAGUUUACCGUGAUGAUUUAUCAAGCGCGGUGGGCCGGUGGUCGAUUAGGUAUCAAAGUGAAAGAAGCCGAAGAUGAAGCCACCAAGGCCACCCUGCGGGCGAAAGCGUAUCGAAACAUCUAUCACACUCUGCUGGAUGAACUCGGUAAAAAGAGUUCAGCCUAAUGCUACCAAUUUCUUUUUAUUCGCUAGAUACAUCUUGAUAUACCUUUUUCUACCUGUAACUGUACUAGUACCAUCUUACUUUAUAUAUUUUAUCACAAUCCCAAUAUCUCGUCCAUUGUCCAUUAAAAAAACCCAGAACAGCUUGAAUUCCUGUCAAUUUCAGUGGAACUCCGCCA